UAAAGAUCUAUUCCUUCCGGCACUAAAUGCCAAUUAUGGAGCUAAAAUUAAAAUGGAUGAAGACAUUCUUCACCUUUAUUUUAUUGGCAUCGAGAUCUUUUUCAUUAAUUACAGCAACAAAUAAAGAAUUUCGUGACACAGCACAGCCUACAUGGCAAACAAUUCGUAAUAUUUUGCAAUAUCUUCCAAGAAUAGAAAGGGAAAAUUUCGAACGGAUUGAAAAUUUACAAGUUCAAGAUUUAGAAAAAGCACAACCCAUAUGGCAACGUAUUUUAGAAAUGAAUCCUAGAAUGACAAAAGAAAAUUUUAUUUGGAUGGAAAAUGGACAAGAAUCUGAAAAUGUGAAACGUGGACUGGACUUUGGUUUAAAUCGUGGAUUAAGUGGUACGCAAGUAGGAAAACAUUUAAUUGGACUGACAACAGCUAAUUUUGCUAAUGGACCUGGAAGAAGACGUCGUUCACAAUAAAAGUGAAAAAUAUUUCCAAAAUCGUCUAAUUAGUUUUCCUAAUUGUAUUUAAUAUUCAUCAAAUAAAAUGAAUUACUCCUCAAUAUGAAUAAACAAA